UAAUAUAAAGCCCACUUUUUCUGUUUCAUUUUCUCAUCAAUUUUCUUCCUUUUUGUUUUUCCACGAACCCCUUUGGCCUUUACCACCUCAUGUUCAUCUUAUUUGGAAAGUGAGAGAAAGAGAGAGAGAGAGAGGAGAGGAGAGAGAAAUUGAUAGCUCGACAUGGGUCUCUGCUGGGGAAAGCCUGCUCGUGAUCCUUCUCCAAGCACCAACUUUGCCUCUACUAGUCCAGGGACAUCUAGUAAUUACAGUAGGAACCUUGUGUUAUCUGGAACAACCAACAGCAGCGUGGGAAGGAGUCAGUUUUCUGAGGCUGCAAGUGGGAGUGUGGAUGAGUCUUAUCAGAAUGGUCAAUUUCUAGAGACACCCAACUUGAAAGUGUACACUUUUGCAGAGUUGAAAGCUGCCACUAAGAAUUUCAAGGCUGACACAGUGCUUGGGGAGGGAGGCUUUGGGAAAGUUUUCAAAGGUUGGGUGGACGAGAAUACUUUGGCUCCUUCCAAGUUUGGCACUGGUAUGGUGGUUGCUAUCAAGAAAUUGAACUCUGAAAGCAUGCAGGGUUUUCAGGAAUGGCAGUCAGAAGUAAAUUUCCUGGGAAGGCUUUCUCAUCCCAACUUGGUCAGACUAUUAGGAUAUUGUUGGGAGGACAAAGAACUGCUCCUUGUGUAUGAGUUCAUGCAGAAGGGAAGCUUGGAGAACCAUCUUUUCAGAAGAAAUCCAUCCGUUGAACCACUAUCUUGGGAAAGAAGACUUCAAAUAGCGAUUGGGGCAGCUCGGGGACUGGCUUUCCUACAUGCUUCGGAUAAGAAGGUCAUAUACAGAGAUUUCAAGGCAUCGAACAUACUGCUUGAUGGGAACUACAAUGCGAAAAUUGCUGAUUUUGGCUUAGCAAAACUGGGGCCAUCUGGUGGAGACUCGCAUGUAACGACUAGGAUUAUGGGCACCUAUGGUUAUGCAGCUCCCGAAUACAUUGCUACAGGCCAUUUAUAUGUGAAGAGUGAUGUGUAUGGCUUUGGUGUAGUGCUGCUCGAAUUGCUGACAGGUUUACGAGCACUAGACUCAAGACGCCCCAGCGGGCAGCAUAACCUCGUGGACUGGACUAAGCCAUGUCUGUCUUCAAGAAGAAAGUUGACUACCAUCAUGGAUGUGCGGAUGGAGGGCCAGUACUUCCCCAAGGCAGCACUCCAAGCAGCACAACUCACCUUAAAAUGCCUAGAACAAGAUCCUAAAAACCGCCCCGCAAUGAAAGAUGUUUUGGAGACGUUGGAGAAGAUAGAAGCAAUGAAAGAUAAAGCAAAGCAAUCCAAAGGUAGCUCUAGACAUUCUUCUUCUGGUUCUGGUCUUCUUCCCGGUGCUCAUCAUCGUUCCUCACUCGACUCCUGCAGGUAGUUUUCGAGUAUGUAUUUAAAGCUACCAAAUUCAAGUACAUGAAAUGUAAUUGAAGAGUCAUUGUUUGGGUAGAAAUUGUUUUAGAUUCAUUGAAAUUUUUGUUAAGAGGCAGGGCAGAGGCCAUUGGUUCUGGUUCUGGCUCUGGUUCUGACUUGUGAAUUGGUUUGUAAAGACAAAAAUGAAUACAUAUGAUGGUGAUAUACUA